CUGAAGAGGAGAAACAAAAAUCCGCAUGAGAGCGAAGACUGAGUCGACCUGCUCUCGACCUGCUCUUGACACCAGUUGACCAGAUUCUUCUUCUUCUUCUUCUUCCUCUUCUUCCUCCGAGUUAUCUAUUUUUGGAAACUUAGAUUCGUUGUUUAGAUGGGAGGAGGAGACGUUUCUAAGGAGAUGGGAGGUUGUUCAUUAGCGUAUCGCCGUGGAGAUCAGAAGCUACGGAAGCUCGUGACGGCGAGAAGCACUAAGUUUCUUCUAUUUUUCUGUAUCGCUCUCGCUUUGAUCACACUCGCUUGCCGGUCUUCUCGGCCUUCGGCGAUCGGUUGGGUUAACAGUUCAACCGCCGUCGCAGAUCGGAUCUCUGGAUCAAGGAAAGGUUAUACACUUUUAAUGAACACAUGGAAGAGAUAUGAUCUCUUAAAGAAGUCGGUUUCUCACUAUGCAUCAUGUUCUAGGCUUGACUCUAUCCACAUUGUUUGGAGUGAACCUAACCCUCCAUCAGAGUCCCUGAAAGAGUAUCUUCAAAAUGUUCUGAAGAAAAAAACGCGAGGCGGGCAUGAGGUUGAGCUAAGAUUUGAUAUAAACAAAGAAGACAGUUUGAACAACAGGUUUAAAGACAUUAAAGACUUGAAAACAGACGCUGUCUUCUCAAUCGAUGAUGACAUCAUAUUUCCUUGUCACACGGUAGAUUUUGCAUUCAACGUUUGGGAGAGUGCCCCAGAGACAAUGGUGGGGUUCGUGCCCCGUGUGCAUUGGCCUGAAAAAUCGAAUGAUAAAGCCGAUUACUACACCUACAGCGGAUGGUGGUCUGUUUGGUGGAGUGGUACAUAUAGCAUGGUACUCUCAAAGGCAGCCUUCUUCCACAAAAAGUAUCUCAGCCUUUACACAAACAGCAUGCCGGCAUCAAUCAGGGAAUUCACAACCAAGAACAGGAACUGUGAAGAUAUCGCAAUGUCAUUCCUCGUCGCAAAUGCUACAAACGCUCCUCCUAUAUGGGUUAAAGGUAAGAUAUAUGAAAUCGGUUCAACAGGAAUCAGUAGCAUAGGAGGACACACAGAGAAAAGAACACACUGCGUAAAUCGGUUUGUAGCAGAAUUCGGGAGAAUGCCACUUGUAUACACUUCCAUGAAAGCCGUAGAUAGCCGCAAUUUAUGGUUCUGGUGAUUGCUGCUUUCACAUAGUGGUGCGUUUCCGCUUUCUCUUCCACUCGUUACUACUACUCUUCAUGGUCUAGCUAUCUACUGAUUUUGUACAAAGUGAGAGUACCCAAAAAAAAAGGACUGAUCUUUGCUCUUGCGGCAAGAG